AUGCCGAUUGAGGCUCUUCCCCAGAAAACAAUCCGGGCGAUUGGCUCCACAUCUGUGAUUUCGGAUCCCUACUCUGUUGUCAAGGAACUUGUAGACAAUGCACUGGAUGCUUCCGCUACGUCCUUGCAGGUUGAGAUUUCCCAAAACACCGUGGAUAUCAUACAACUCAAAGACAACGGUCAUGGCAUCUCUCCAGAGGACCAGCAACACGUCUGCAAACGAGCUUUCACCAGCAAGAUCCAGACUUUAGAAGAUCUCAAGAAUGUCGGUGGGUCAUCAUUGGGUUUUCGUGGUGAGGCGCUUGCCAGUGUUGCAGAGAUGUCCGGAGUCCUCGCUGUCACCACUAGAGUUGAGUCUGAAGUUGCUGGGUUAUGUUUGAAGUAUGGAAGAAACGGAGAGCUUACUGGAACGCAAUUAACGUCACAUCCCGUGGGCACAACUGUUCGUAUCACGGACUUUCUUAAACACCUCCCUGUCCGCAGACAGACUGCCUUGAAGGGUGCUACGAGAAAUCUCACGAGAAUCAAAAAGCUUCUCCAGGCAUAUGCUAUAGCUCAGCCAUCAAAGAGGCUCUCACUCAAGGUUCUCAAGGCCAAAAAUGAAACCAGCAAUUGGACCUACGCGCCAAGCGCGGACGCCUCGCUCUCGGAUGCAGCUCUCAAGGUAGCCGGCACAGAAGUUUCUUCUGCUUGUAUUGUGAAGCAAAUUUCCUCUGAUAGCACCAGUGGGAGAUAUCAAGGUUCAUCAAAUCAGACAGAGUAUGAAGCUAUCGCGUUUCUUCCAAAGACAAAGUUUGAUACAUCCAAGAUCAACAAUGCAGGCCAAUACAUCAGUGUGGAUGGCCGUCCCCUCUCCAGUAGCAGGGGGAUUGGCCACGAUAUCGUCAAACUCUUCAAAUCAUAUAUUCGUGCCGCUGCAUCUAAAAACGAAUCGUCCAAAUCGGCUAUCGAACCUUUCCUCUGCUUGCAAAUUCGCUGUCCACGAGGAACAUAUGAUGUCAACAUCGAGCCAGCGAAAGAUGAUCUGCUUUUCGAAGACCGAGAUGUGGUUUUGGCCUUGGUGGAGAAUCUAUUUCGCGACCAUUACGGCGAAAUAGAUAGCACAGCGACAAGACCUUCCACCAAAAGCAAAGAGGAUGCUAGAAAUUCCAAUGAGACCUCAGCAGAAUUUGGGCUUUUGAUGGCUAGAAAGCCAGCUACAGAACUUGCGGCACAGCCUCACGAUCCUGGAAACUCAUCCAGUGUGACUAUACCCCACACGCCUCUCUCACAGAAGCAGGUUCCGUCUCAGUACGCCUUUUCGCCUGUGGUUCCUUCCAAUAGCAAGGGCCCUGAAAGUACCAACAAAUCGGCUACCGCUAGAAAUAGGCGGUCAAGUUUUGUGAAUCCGUGGUCUAUCUCUAGAAUGAAUGCCUCAUUUCAAACACCACGACGCGAGAGCAAUUCUCUCGGCCAGAAAAGCCCCGUGGGUCUGUCUAGCAGUAGCAUGCAACGUGAGAAUGUGAGUAUAUCGCAGGGCUUCCAACAUUCGCCAAACUCAGGCUUGAGAAGCCCAAUUACGUCGCCUGUGAGGCGCCGUCUAGACCAUCGGCAAAAGUCCACCGAGUCCUCCCCUGAGACUAAUCGAUUCUCGAGCGCCCGACAUGCUGAGAGAGAACGCGAUCGAGAGCGGUAUGGGAAUGGAGCUCUCGACACUUUGUUUCAGAGAACCACUCAAGUCUCACUGGAGCGAAACUCUGCUAGGGAAGGACCGGCUCAAGAACCGGAUUCACCACUUUCUUUUCUUGCACAGCAACGAUUUGGCACUUCGUCAAAUACUGCACCUCCCGUUGGGCAGAAUGAUGAUUGUUCGGACAUCCCAUCGAAUAAUAGCAUCACGCCAGAAGCCACCGACCAUGGGUCUACGCUACGCGAAGACCAAGGCGGUCAUCUUCCCGAGUCAAUGGAUAGUGGUCGAGGAUUCCCGGUCCUUGAAAAAUGGGCCGCACAACUUCACCAAGGCGUCAGUCAUGACGAAACAUCUGAUCUAGAGAAAGCACUUGACUUCGAAAGGCGUAAGAAAGAAGCCAUCCAGAACAGUCGCACACGCUUUAAGCAGAAUGGUAAACCAUCCGGUUCAAAUUCUGUUGCAGUGUUGAAUUCGCCUCAUAGCAGUCGUUAUCUUGCUGCAAAAGCUGCGUUGACUUCGUCGCAAACGUCGAUCGGCGAACCGGUCUCUGCGACAACCCUCUCACCUCACGAUCCACGGGCAUAUCUCAUCCGUAAGGAAAGGGAUAAUCCUACCGUUAAACCCUCGGCCAAAGAUGGAAAAACUCGGAGACUACCUACCAAUCGACUUCCCUUCGAACGUAUACCCGUUGGCUUCGACCUGCAUGAUCUCGGGUUGACAUGCUUGGUUGACUUAUCUCCAAACUCCAACUCGUUCAAGAGGAACAUGCCCGAGGAUCUGUAUUCUGAGAACGGUAAUGAAUUCACAACAUUCUCAACAUCUAACCUUGAGACUUGCUUGCCGUUAUGGAAUGAACGGCUGACGCUUAUCAUGAGGCAACAAUACAAGAGCAAGGAUGAAUCACCCUUGAGUACUCAAAUUGAUCUUGCAGGCAUUAUCUCGCAGCAUUUGAGAAAUACCGCGGACAAUCAAGAUACUUAG